CAAAAAGAGAUGUGAACCGUUUAGUAAACAAUCGGAGUAAUACAAAAUAUUAUUUUUAAGGUUUUCGCUGGUGAAUUUUUGUUGAAAAGUUGAAUACCUCAUUUUAUUCUAUAAUAUACUGGUAACCCAGUUCACAAUAUUUUACUCUGGCAAUUAACCGAUGUCCGGUCGUGAUGGUAAUUCAAAAAAGAUGGGUCGCCCAUCGAUAAAUAUUGCAAUAAAUCCGAGCGCCAAUCUUGGAACGGCUACCGUCGGCGUAACUACUCCCGGAACCAGCAGCACUUUGAACGGACUGGAAGGAAUCGGCGGAGACCAUGUGCCGGUGUUUUUCGAUGAAAUUUCGCAAAUUAUGCGCGGAUAUGGAGACUGUGAGAAACCGCUGCGCGAAUCGGUCAUUCUGGUAGAAAAGAUAGUGCUGCAUCAGUUGAGAGGGAUCAUGCAGGAAGCGAUAGACCAUGCAAUGUCCCGGCAGAAUUCGCCGGUGCUAUCGAGGAGAGACUUCGAGUACAUAAUGAGGAAGAAUCCGGUGCGAGUGGCACGGUUGCAGAAAUAUUUUCGCGACAUGGCUUUUGUAAAGAAAAAAAUGAAGGACUUGUACGGCGAUCGAUUUUCGGGAAUCGGGGAUUUGGGCUCGAACAUGGACGAAUCGGACGAGGACUCUGAUCGUGAUGUAGCAGAGAAGUUCGACGAAGAAAAGGUUAGAAGGUUGUUUCGGGCGGAUAGAAUUUCGCAGAUUUUGGCCGGAAAGCAGUACGAGGAGUUUAAUUUGGCCAGAAGGACGUCGUUCAUGCAUCGUAAUACGAACACGAUGAAGAACCGGAUGCGCACGUGGUUGAACUUCCCGGAGGAUGUCAUGAUUUCGCAGAGCUGCUUGCUGACAUUGUCCUAUUUGGCACAUGAAACGAUUGCGGUGCUGGUGGAUUUUUGCAUUUUGACAAGGUUGAAUUCCUCGAAUCGGGCCGUUGAACCUUACAGUCGGGUAACGUCAUCAGGUACGUCUCAUGCGAUGCUGCAUUUGUGCCCCGAAGUAACGCACGGACGAGGAGUGGAUGGUGUGAAACCCAUCACCCCUCAGGAAAUUCACGAAGCAAUGCGAAGGCAUAGGCAGAUGGCAACGCAAAACAUGGGACACUUUCGAAACAAUGCUCUGAAUUGUAAAACGCCCUAUCUGGCCAUGUAAUGCAGUAAAAAACCAGUUUUAAUAAACCACAAAAAAGGUCGAUCCGUA